GAACGAAUCAAAUCUAGGGUUUCUACGAGGCGACUACAUCAGGAAUUAUGCCGCGCUAUAAUGACCGCUAUGAUGAUCGCCACCACGAUGAUCGCCAUGGAACUACCCGCCUUUAUGUUGGACACUUGGCUUCACGUACAAGAUCACGUGAUUUGGAAGACAUUUUUAGCAGAUAUGGAAGGUCAAUGGUGAGAAGUUGCCUUUUGGUGUUUGGUGGAAAGAGUCGUUAUCCACGCAGAUUGUGUAGGAGACUUUGGCGAUUCUUUCUAUAAAUGUUUUGGGUCUUUUUUUGAUGGAAAAUGGCUACAAACUGAAAGUGGUGUUUAGUUCAUCUUUGAGGGGCAAAGUUUCAGCCCUUUGGUGCUUAAUGUCAUGAUGGCCUUACUGUUUCUGGCACCCGUUUAACGCAGAAUUCGUGAUGUGGACAUGAAGCGUGAUUUUGCCUUUGUGGAAUUUAAAGACCCAAGGGAUGCUGAUGAUGCAAGAUAUAGCUUAAACGGCCGUGAUGUCGAUGGAAGUCGUAUCGUGGUGGAAUUUGCAAAAGGGGCUCCGCGAGGGGGCGGCGGCGGCGGUGGUGGUGGUCGCGGUGGUGGUGGUGGUGGCUAUGGCGGCUCUCGUGAAUUCCUUGGUAGAGGUCCUCCACCAGGAUCAGGCCGUUGUUUCAACUGUGGACUUGAUGGUCAUUGGGCCCGUGACUGUAAAGCUGGUGAUUGGAAGAAUAAGUGCUAUCGCUGUGGAGAACAGGGUCAUAUAGAAAGGAAUUGUCAGAACAGUCCGAAGAAAGUGAAGCGUGGAAGGAGUUACUCACGCACUCCGUCCCCACCUCGGCGUGGAAGGAGUCAGAGUCGUAGCGUUAGCAGGAGCCGCAGCCGAUCGAGGUCACCUGCAAGACGAGAACGCAGCGUUGAACGUGCUGAAAGAAGGUCAAGAAGCCCAAGGAGAAAUCGAGCUUCUUCGCCACAAACAUCCAAAGGGAGGAAACAAAGCCCAUCACAAUCACCAACAGAUGAUGCAAGGAGGCCAAAGGCAGCAAGCAGAAGCCCUGUGGAAGAUGAUGUUCGUGAUGUCAGCCGUAGCCCUGACAAUAGGAGCCCUGCUGAAGAAAAUGGGCACAGCCGUAGCCCGAGCCCGGUGACUAGAGACAACGGGACCCCUAUUGAGGAUGAAGAUGUUGUAAACAAUGGUUCGCCUGAGCCCAGCGAAUCUGGUUAAAUGCUGUGUUACUUGAGAUUACCCGUAUGAACCCUUAGUAAUCUGAAUUUGAAUCUUGUGAAAGAUAAAGGAAACAUUGUGAACCAUAAGUUUCUUAAUUUCGGUGUUUGGUGUUAAUGAAGAUAACUGAAGCAACUUGAUUUGUUUUGUGUUUAA